UCUCUCUCUCAAAGUCUAAUCCACAGCAAGCUUAAUCCGGAACAUGUCUUUCUGAGCUCGUGGCCAAGCAGCUAGAAAUUAUCAUCGGUAAAAUUUAAAAACGAAAUCACUCAUUUGCCCUCUCACAUCGAUCUUCUCGGAUCUUUUUUCAUUCUUCUUCACCCACUCGGUUGCUUCAUCAUUCAUGCCGAUCAGAGAGAUGGGAGUCGAUGUUCGUCACUGCAAAAGCUAAUAAAAUCCAGCUCAAACUUCUACCUUUGGUUGUUUUCGGAUGAAUAAGGAGAGCAAAGUUUUGAGGUAAUCAGUAGUAGGUUUGAAACGGUAAGAGAGAACUCCGAGCGUGAAAACAUAAACAGAUGGAUUUUAGAAGGCAAAACGAUGAUGAAGAAGACGAAGAGACAGUGAGCUAUAAUCCACCUACCAUCCGUGAUUCGGCCUUUCCUAAGCCUCUUCUGCCUUCUUCAUCUUCGCUCAUCCCCGGAAGAAGCGUUGCUACCAGUGGAGUUGCAGGAGUUCGGAACGGCAUUAGGUCAGACCAGACCUCCGGCAGCGUGCAAAAUGCUUCGCAAGAUCUUUUUCCCGCGAAUGAAGGCGGAAAAGGAGAGGGAUCGAACUUCCGAACGGCGGAGAUCGCCGGCGAGUCCUCUUCGGUUAAGUACCGAGAGUGUCUCAAAAACCACGCGGCGAGCCUUGGCGGCAACAUACUCGAUGGCUGCGGCGAGUUUAUGCCCAGUUUAGCCGACAUCAUGAAAUGCGCUGCCUGCGGUUGCCACCGAAGCUUCCACCGACGCGAGGGCGGCGAAAGCGACAAUCUUUUCUACCGCCACCACCACCACAACGGAAGCAACAACUCCAGCGGCAGCAGGGGCGCAGCCGGGGGAAGAAUCCCUCUCCUUCUGCCUGCGCCCCAGCUGACGCCGCAUCAGAAGCACAUUCAUACCUUCUCGUCAAGCCCUUCGGCCGGAAUGGUUGGCUUAGGAAACACCAGCGGCGGCACGACUACUGAGUCCUCUAGCGAGGAACUUGGCCUCACGAUGACGGCUGUGGCCAGAGGCGGCCAUAUGCCUUAUGUGACUUCGUCGUCCAAGAAGAGGUUUAGGACGAAAUUCACUUCGGAGCAGAAGGCAAGGAUGAUGAAUUUUGCGGAGAGGAUCGGGUGGAGGAUCCAGAGGCAGGAUGAGGCGGAGAUGGAAACUUUUUGCACUGAGGUUGGUGUUAGCAGGCAAGUUUUUAAGGUUUGGAUGCAUAACAACAAGCAUUCCAUUCGUAAGCAACAGGAGCAGCAACAUCCAUAGCUGCAUCUGCCGCUGCAACAACCUUAUAAUCUGUGAGGAAACGAAGAUGGAUAUUAGGAUUCAAGAGAUGAGUUUACGGCGCUGAGUUAUUUCGUUCACUGUGGGGGAAAAAACACUGCUUUGUGGUUUUCUAUUUAAUCUGUAAAGCAGUGCCAUUUUUUCGUUUCUUUGUUUGA